ACUAUGCGGAGACAAUCUAAAAUUCCGUAGUUUAGAUUUACCCAAACAAAAAUGGCAGAUGUUAUAGACGUGGAAGAUGAAAAUAUUUUAACUGGUAUCUUUUUAAAGAUUCCUUUCCAGUUCAUUUAUAAGAAGCAGCAUGGGAGAGGCAACUGGUGAUUUAGAUUUACAGUCUGAUGAGUUUGAAGAAUUUUCAAAUUCUGAAGAUGUGAAGCCACUUCUAUCUACAGUAUUUUCAUCUUCUUCUGACAUAAAAACAGAAUUAUCAUUUUUAACUUUCCGUGAUAUCAAACCAAACUUGACAUUUAAAACUUCACAGGAUGAUAAAACCGUUGUUACGCCAGAUUUUUCAUCUUCAACAGAUACAAAGUCAGAAUGUACAACAUUUUCCUCUUUAGAUGAUGUAAAACACCAUAUGACAUUUCUAACUUCUCAAGAUAAAACAACAGGAUUUUUAAUUUUUAAAGAUAUGGAGCCUGCUGUAUCAGCAGUAUGUACAAGAUCUGAAGAUAUAAAUCCAGAAUUAGCAAUUUUAUCAACUAGUGAAGAUAUAAAACCAGAAUUAGAAACUUUAUCAACCAACACAGAAUUAGAAAUUUUAUCAACUACUGAAGAUAUAAAUCCAGAAUUAGAAAAUACAUCAACUAGUGAAGAUCUAAAACAAGAAUUAGAAACUUUAUCAACUAGCGAAGAUAUAAAACCAGAAUUAGAAACUUUAGCAACCAACAAAGAUUUAAAACCAGAUUUAUGGACAAAAUUUUUAGAUUCUGAGGACAAACAACAAAAUGGACUUGAAGAAAAGCUAAAACUCUCUGAAAACAAAACAUAUCUCUCUGAUGAUCGUCAUGAACAGUUUUUUCCAAGUUCUAACUUGAAUAACCAAGCUGAAGCAGGGGAGAGGCCACUUGAAUGUGAUGCUUGCCAUAAAAUGUUUUCAGAUAGUUCUAGGUUAAUUAAACAUAAAGAAGUUCAUUCAGGGGAUAAGCCAUAUGAAUGUGAUGAUUGUCAUAAAAAGUUUUCUAAUAGUUCUGCUCUAAGCAGCCACAAAAAAAUUCAUUUACUAGUUAGACAUUAUGAAUGUAAUGUUUGUCACAAAAGGUUUUCAAGGAAUUCUGGUUUAGCAGAACACAAAAAAAUUCAUUUAGUAGUUAAGCCUUAUGAAUGUGAUGUUUGUCAUAAAAAGUUUUUUAAGAGUUAUAAUUUAUAUACACACAAAAGAGUUCAUUCAGGAGAUAAACCAUUUGAAUGUGAUGUUUGUCAUAAAAAGUUUUCUCAGAGUUCUAGUUUAAAUACACACAAACAAGUUCAUUCAGAAGAUAAACCAUUUGAAUGUGAUGUUUGUCAUAAAAAGUUUUCAUAUAGUUCUAGUUUAUAUACACACAAAAGAGUUCAUUCAGGAGAUAAACCAUUUGAAUGUGAUGUUUGUCUUAAAAAGUUUUCACAGAGUUCUACUCUAAGCAAACAUAAAAAUGUUCAUUCUAGAGAUCAACCACAUGAAUGUGAUGUUUGUCAUAAAAAGUUUUCAGACAGUUCUCUUCUAAACAGACACACAAAAAUUCAUUUAGAAGUUAAGCCUUAUGAAUGUGAUGUUUGUCAAAAAAAGUUUUCUCAGAGUUCUAGUUUAUAUACACACAAAAAAGUUCAUUCAGAAGAUAAACCAUUUGAAUGUGAUGUUUGUCAUAAAAAGUUUUCAUCUAGUUCUUAUUUAAGGAAACAUAGAAAAGUUCAUACUGGAGAUCAACCACAUGAAUGUGAUGUUUGUCAUAAAAAGUUUUCAUCUAGUUCUUAUUUAAGGAAACAUAGAAAAGAUCAUACUGGAGAUAAGCUACAUGAAUGUGAUGAUUGCCCGAAAUAUUUUUCUGAAAUAAAGACUCUCCCGACAUAUUGGCUCCCGAUAUAAGGGCUCAAGAUAAGGGCUCCCGGCAAUUGGGCUUCCGACAUAUUGGCUUUUGACAAAAUGACUCCCGACAUAUUGGCUCCAGACCAAUGAAUUGCAUGACCACUAUUGGCAUAAAAGUAACGAUUUUGUCAUACCUCUAAUACCACUAUAAACUCUUUUAAAUGCCCGAAUGAAAUUGUUUUUCAUGAACCAACAAAGCGAGCCCUUAACAGCUAAAUUUCACCAAUUCUAAAGUUUUGAUAAUGUUUAAUUUACAACAGAAAAGAUCUGUUGCUUAAAAGCGAGCACAGAAGUGUAAAUGUAUGAUAUACAUGAUGUUUACAUGAUAACAGCAUUUUGUUUUGA